AACCAAACGCGAACACAAUUCGAACUCGAACUCGAACUCAAACUCGAACUCAAACUCGAAUAAAAGCCCUCGAUCCAACUGACAUGCAUCGGCAUUCGUCAACUGAAAAUACAAGUGUCAAGAUGCGUCUAAACCUGAGCUACUUCCUCGGACUCCUCCUCGUGCUGCUCUGCGGCACUGCAAUUGUGAGUGCCAGACCUCAGGGUCCUUGUGGUCCACCGCCCAGCGGACCUCCACCAAGCGGAACUCCACCACCCGGCGGUCCACCUGGCGGUCGCUGUGGACCACCGCCUUCGACCACCGCAUCAUCGGGAUAACCGCAUCGCUCUGUCCUGACCCCAGCAAAAGAGUUUCUGGCGCAACCAUGGAUCAAUGAUUUCGUUUUUUUUUUUCUAUCAAUAGAGUGAAUUUGGAAACCACUAAAACAAAUAUACGUAACU